AUGAAGAAAAUUUGUGUAGUCGUUGCCAGCCGGGCCAAUUACGGGCGCGUCAAGUACCUGAUGAAGGCCAUUCAGGCGCAUCCCGACCUUGAGUUGCAACUGGUGGUGGGUGCUUCCACCCUGCUUGAGCGCUUUGGCAGUGCCAUCAACAUCAUAAAAAAAGAUGGCUUCACGCCGGUGCGGUCAAUUCACUACGUGAUCGAGGGCGAGACAUUGGUGACCCAGGCCAAGUCCACUGGGUUGGGCAUUGUGGAGCUUUCCACCGCAUUUGAUGAUCUCGCGCCCGACAUGGUCGUCACCGUCGCUGACCGCUUUGAAACCAUGGCGACGGCGAUUGCGGCCACCUAUCUCAAUAUUCCCCUUGUUCAUUUGCAGGGUGGCGAGAUCAGCGGCAAUAUUGAUGACCGCGUGCGGCAUGCCAUUACCAAACUCGCCGAUAUACAUUUUGUGUCCUCCGAAGAAUCCAGUGUCCGCGUUGUUGAGAUGGGCGAAGACCCCCGUUAUGUCUACAACUACGGCUGCCCGGCGAUGGAUGUACUGGUCCAUGAGGACCUGUCAAUCAACGACGGGUUCAUGAGCCAGUAUCUCGGGGUCGGCAAGCCUAUCGAUUGGUCCAGGCCGUAUGUAUUGAUGGUCCAGCACCCUGUGACUACAAGUUAUGGUCAGGGUUUUGCACAGGUCAGCAAAACGCUCGAAGCCUUGAAGGCUGUUGGGGACGUCCAGAAAGUGGUGAUGUGGCCCAAUGUUGAUGCGGGUAGCGACGAUGUUUCGAAGGGAAUUCGUCAUUUCCGGGAAAUGAACAUGCAGGAGCCCAUCUACUACUACAAGAAUUUUUCGCCUGAAGACUACGCGCGGGUGAUCAACAAUGCGGUGUGCUGCGUCGGCAAUUCCUCGUCGUUCAUCCGCGAAGGAUCUUUCCUGGGCGUUCCAGUGGUGAUCGUAGGGGACCGCCAACAAGGGCGCGAGCAUGGAAGCAAUGCCGUAUUUGCCGACUACGAUGCGUCUGAUAUAGAGGCCAAGGUGCGCUCACAGAUACGCCAUGGCAGAUUUCCUGCCGAUCAUCGAUAUGGCCGCGGUGACGCAGGUUUACGGAUCGCGCAGGAGCUCGCCACCCUUGACUACAAGCACGGCGCAUGA